AUGUCAAGUAGUGGCAAUGUCACCGCAAUUGAUGAGAAGGUAACUGAGUCGCCGAGUGACUCCGCUGACACCUCUCUGCUCGGGCCGUGGUUGACAUUACCUAUCUUAUCACAAUGCUGUGGGGUGGCGUAUCUUUUCGCUUGGUCGGCUAUGUAUUACCCCCAAUUAUACCUCAACUACAAGCGGAAAUCUGUGCAGGGAUUCUCUCUCGAUUUGUGGUUGUACAAUCUCUCUGGUUUCCUCGGGUAUGCUGUAUACAACUGCUACCGAGCAUACAUGCAGAUGGCAUUCGACUUGCCUAGAGCAGUGAAAACUCAUGAUGUUGUUUUUUCUGUGCAUGGGCUAAUUUGUAACAUCCUCAUUGGUCUCCAGAUCUACUUUUAUGAGAGGGGUGGUCAGAUGAUAUCGAAGUGGACUUGGGUGUUUGUUAUUAUUGCGUGUGCUGUUUUUUUAUAUCUGUCCUUCUUGGCCUGGUUGCAGUUGUUACCUUGGGAUUCCCUCAUGAACACUGACGGCUCAACAGCAUUGAUUACACCUAUUCAGUUCUUGGGCACUAUCAAAGUCAUUAUAACCUUCGUUAAAUAUAUACCGCAGAUUAUAAUGAAUCAUCGUCGAAAGUCAACAGCAGGUUUAGCGAUUCAAGUUCCGAUGAUGGACAUUGCUGGAGCUCUCUUCAGUGGUCUUCAGAAUAUACUAGAUGCGAUCUAUCAAAGUGAUAUACACAUCGUAACUGGAAAUCUGCCUAAGAUGCUUAUAGGGACCGCAAGUUCUCUCUAUGGCUUCAUAAUUCUCUUCCAACAUUAUGUGCUAUACCGAGCAUCGAGUCGUUAUGAGCCGGUAUCUGAGGUUGAACUGGGGUCCUUGGACAAGCAAGGUCGACCAGCAGUCAAAGUCUAUCAGGGACCUC